AUGUCCAUAAGAGCAGCAAGAUUAUCAUGGUCAACUGUUGUUAGGGUUGGAAAAUUGGCACUUUUCUCUAAUAACACCAACAAGAAAAUAUUUUCGCACCAUCAAUUCACAAAAUUAAAUACUUUUAAUACCUUUACAAAUAUUAAUAUUAAUAAUACUAAUAAUGCUAUUAGACAAUAUCACAGCAAGAGUACACUCCAUAACAAUACUGCUAUUGAAAAUGUUACUUUGGAAGAUUCAAUAGAAUCCAGUAAAAAAGAUAGAAUUCAACAUUUGACAGAUGUUCUUGAUUUGAAUCCAAAUUUUGCUCCUGCUCUGUUAGAGAGAGGUUUAUUAUAUCAAGAAUUGCAUGAUUUUACAAAUUCUUGUAUUGAUUUGGAAAAAGCAAUUGAGAUUGAUCCAAAUAUAGAAGGAUUAGUAAAUCUGCAUACUCAACUAGGCUAUAUGUAUUCGAAAGUUGAAAAAUGCCAUGAAAAGGCGAUUUUACAUUUAGAAAAAGCAUUGGAUUUAUGUUUUGAAGCUAAUAUAAUUCCUUCAAAUAUAAUUUUCAUGUUAACAUAUACACUCUAUGACAAUAAUGGUCACCACGAAAAAUCAAUUAAACUUUUAACGAGGGGAAUUAAAUUUCUAUCAAGUUUGGAAGCAACUGAAGAAUUAUCAGAAUUAUAUGUACUGAGAGGAAAUACUCUAAUUUCUGAAUAUAAAAUGUUUGAACGUGGAAAUCAAGAUUAUGAAACAUCACUUCAAUUAGGAGUCAAAACCAAAUUGUAUUGUUUAAGAAUAAUUUUGAAUUCUUAUGUAAAUUUACAGUUAUUUGAUGAUAAGAUAUUAAUGUAUUACAAUAUGGCAAGUGACAUUAUUAAACAAUUUGAAGCUGAAAAUGUGAAACAACUAGAUUAUCAUGUUGCAGAAAUGUAUUACACUGAAUAUUCUAAAAUUAAUACUAUAAUGAGAGAUUAUUAUUGGAAUAGAAAGGAAUUCACACUAGCUCAGCAAUAUGCUGGUGAGGCAAUUUAUAAAAAUAAUCCUGAAAAUAUUAGAAUUGAUCCAAUGCAACAUAAUGAUUAUAGAUGCUUAUGUUUAUUGAAUGGAAAUUUCAGAGAUGUUCUAGAAAAUGUAGAAUAUAUUUAUGGGAAGAUUGCAAGUAACAUUACAGUUGAUUUAAGUUUCAAAGGUGAAUAUUCAGAACUAUUCGGAAACAAAACAGAAACCUUAAUUUCACAACGUAUUUUCUUGGGUUUAUUAUAUGAAGCUGAUAGGCAAAUCGACAACUCGAUCUUAUUUUGUGGACCAAUCAAAGAAUUGUUGAAAGAUUACAAAAUUGAUGAAAAUUUCACAUGUAUUCCAAAAGAAAAAUUGGAAACUCUCUAUCAUGUGCUUGAAGGAUAUUGUAAUUUACAUCAGGGCGAUCAUUCUCUUUUGAAUGAAAACAUUUCUCUUGUUGUAAAAUAUUUUCCAUUUUAUUUAUUUACAAUUGGUACAAGAUACAAAAUUAGAAAUGAAAUGGAUAGGUCAAGAGAGUAUUAUUUACAAUAUUUCGAUAAAAGUGGAGAUUUGGAAGGAUUAUCUGAAGCAACUGACUGUCUAAUUUCACUAAAUAGAUAUGAGGAGGCAGUGGAAGAAUCUGAUAAAUUAUUAGAAAGAGAUCCAUUAUACAUUCAUGCUCUGUACAACAAGGGUGAAUCAUUAUUUCACUUGGGGAAAUUAGAAAGUGCCAGAAAGUGUUUUGAUUUGGCAAUUACUGAAGCUGAGAAACAGAACCACAAACAUCUUGAAUUGAUGGUUCAUUCAUUGAAGCAAAUGUGGCCUCAAUAUUUAAUAUUGUCAAUUCCUAUUACUUUGAAAAAAACCAAUAAAAAAUUAAUUUAA